CAUUUGCGCAUCGCGCUAAUUCUUAUGUAACUGAAACAGAGGCUCAGAAAUUGAGGCUUGUUCGGUGCGCGCGUACGCGAUAUGUGCACGCAAACGACAAAUGGCUCGGCAACUAUGCAAAUUUAAGUGCAGGAUGAUCCAUCCGUUCGUUAAACGGGGCGAAGGUCUUCGUCGCGUUAAUUCACGUGAUUUUUUUUUCACGCUUCGCAUCGCGUGGAACGCGUGGAAAUAUAAAAGUCGCGGGAGGAGCUCGAUUAAAACCGCGCGGAAAAUCGUUGUCAUCAAAAUCAUUGUUCUAAGGAAGAUAUAAAAAUUAAAUCGAGUUUUAACGAUCAUAAGAUACGAGAACAAUUUUUUAUAUCGCGAGUUUUCACUUGAACAGUGUCAGUGAUUUUAAUCGAACGCUACGAGAGAAGUUAACGACGAAAAAUUUGUACGCAUGAUGAAUGUAUACAUUUGUAUGCAUUGAUGUAUACAUACUUCAGAAUGUUGCGGAAGGAAUUAUCACGGAAACGUUAAAAUGCUAGAAAUUAGCGGCGACACGGUUUUAGAAAGACAAUCAGAGGAGAAUGCACACGAAGAGGAUGAAGGAGAACAGCUGGAGGGAAAAUCAAUGGAAGAGAUAGAAGUGAUUAAGGGAGUAAAAGAAACAGAGAAGAAUAAAAGGGACUUGGAAAUUGAUAAAAGUAUUGCGACAUUUUUGCGUGACAAAGGUUUGAGUGAAAAUCUCGUCAAGACAUUGAUUAAUGCUGGUCUUACGGAUGAACAUGUCAGACUUUUAAAAGCUUUAAAUCUAAAUGAUGAUGACAUCAACAAUUUGCGAGAUUUAUGGAGAGCAAAGAUCGAAAUUAAAAGCGACGAUUCUUUUAAUUCCUCUACAUCCGAUUCAUCAUCCGAUGACGUGCGCUUGUCAUCAAAUAAUGUCUAUUUAAAAAAAGUCUUGAGCAAACCUUUAAUUCAAGCUCUUUGCGAAAUUGUGGCGAAAAAACCGAUCGAUCCCGUGGAAUAUUUAGGCCACUGGUUACUUCAUUUCAAGGUUUGUGAGGAGCGAAUUAUGCAGCAGAAAGAACGUGACUUGGAACUUUUGAUCGAUAGAGAAAAAUUGAGACUGAAAAAAAUAUUUACUUUGUACAAUAGGAGGUUGAAGACGAACAAAAUGUUUCUGUCGAGGAAAAAAAAGAGGACAUAUCCGGCGAGGAUGGAAAUUAUAUCAAUAUUUAUAACGACACGUUCAAUAUUUAUGAAGACACGAAUUGAUUAUUAAUUCAAUUUAUAUAUGUAUAUGCUUAAAAGA